AUGUCAUUAUUCAAGUUAGUGUUUGAUGACUCAGAUUAUAAAUAGAUCAAUUGGUAGAUAGGUACUUAAUUUUUAUACCUUUUAGAUGAUCAUUAUAGCGAUGAGGAUUCACGCAAUUAAUUUGACUAUGCCAGUACCUAUAAUACCGCAGUCAAACAAUAGAAGAGUUUUUUGAUUGGAAAGGCAAGCCCAUAUGACUCUCCAAUAGGCUGGAAUCAAGAUCAUAUAUAUUCUCUAUCCCCAACAAAUUUAUCUACUUAAUUUGAAGUUAAAGAGUAGUAUUAGACAUGCCAACCUGGAUCGACACUCUACAAUCCCUGUAAAUAGGAACCUCAUUGCCUAUCCUGUUGUCAGAAAUCCAUUCAUACUCAAAAGAUUGAGAAGAAAAUCAGAAAGCAUAUAAAGAAAAAUGUUCACUUUUCUGUCAGGAAAAACUUCCCAAAGCUCAUAGGAACACACUUACUAAAAUAAAUUGAAUAGUCUCCCAACUGUAAUAUUCCUAAAGGUAUUCAGUAAUUUAGGGAUUAUGCUAUGAAAAGGAAGCAAGCUAAGCUUCAAUAAUCAUUUGCUAUUGAAGACUUUAGGAGAAUUUGUCUAAAUUCUGAGGAGAGCAAGGAAUAUUUUAUAGACUUCAUCUUAAAUAAAUUUAUUGUUCAUCUAAUGCAUAGUUCAAAAUUUACUUAGAUUGACCUCGUUUUAGAUUUAAUCCGUAAUGCCUAUGUUGGAGCAUGCAAUCCAGAGUAGUGGAAAGGAAACAUGUAGAUUUAUCAAGCAUGA